AUGACGUAUUACCGGUUCGGCCAGCGACUCAAGAUGACGCGUGCAGUGGCCCGAGCGAUGGCGCGAUCAUCUGCCGGCAAACGCAAUCCGGAUGCCAUUGAAAAGCUGAUACAGAACAAUAAAAGUCGUUUUGGCCGUGCAGUAGUUCGACCUCUUGGAGCUGCAGUUGCCACAUUCAUGGACUCGGGAGUGGCGUUCAACACAUCGUCCGAGUUCUUGUACUUUGACAGCGAUGACGACGAUGGAACGGUCGAUCGAGUGGAUCAUACGGGACGCAAGCGAUCGGUUGAAUGUGCGCGCGAGACAUCACACACUGGACGGAACGAAGGGAUCCGGAUACACGAAGCACUGCGCGUAUUGGAAAAAAAGCCGUGCCGACUGUUAAAGCAGGACAAAUGA